UUCCCAGCCACGUAUAUUUCGUCUUUUGUUUUAUUUAAGCCUUCCUCAUUCCACUUUAUUUAGGCCAAUUGGCAUCUUUUUUUCAUUUAUAGUUCGAGAAUGUAUGACAAUUUUAGACAAAUUCCUAGAGUCUAUUUUAGGUAAUCGAAAUUCUCUACUCUUUAAAUUAAUCACGACGUCCAAACCGUGCCGCGCCCAUCCAUUUUUACUUUAAUUUCACUCAAAAAUUUUUACACAAAAUUAAAAAUUUCAGAUUAUUUGUAAAAAAAUAUGGCUGCAGCCAACACUGUGCAGCAUUCUCAACAACCACAAUCAGCCCCCACAACAGCAGCAGAUAUCCCGCAACAAAAGAUUGUUGAGGAAGUUCAUGGACAAAUUUUUGAAGUUAGUCCUCGUUAUGUGAAUUUAUCUUAUAUUGGAGAAGGUGCUUAUGGAAUGGUUGUUUCUGCUCUUGACACAAUUACGCGGGAGCGUGUGGCAAUAAAGAAAAUUUCACCUUUUGAACACCAAACAUUCUGCCAGCGGACACUCCGGGAAAUAAAAAUUCUUUCUCGCUUCAAACACGAAAAUAUCAUUAAUAUACAAGCUAUAAUUCGGGCUCCCAGCAUUGAACAAAUGAAAGACAUAUAUAUUGUUCAAUGUUUGAUGGAAACAGAUUUAUAUAAGUUGCUUAAAACGCAACGCCUUUCGAAUGACCAUAUCUGUUAUUUUUUAUAUCAAAUUCUACGAGGCCUCAAAUACAUUCAUUCUGCCAAUGUUCUUCACAGAGACCUAAAGCCUAGCAAUCUUUUAUUAAAUACUACUUGUGAUCUCAAGAUUUGUGAUUUUGGACUUGCUCGAGUUUCUGAUCCUGAACAUGACCAUACUGGAUUUUUGACUGAAUAUGUGGCAACUAGAUGGUAUCGGGCGCCUGAAAUUAUGUUAAAUUCCAAAGGAUAUACAAAAUCAAUCGAUAUUUGGUCAGUUGGUUGUAUCCUUGCCGAAAUGUUGAAUAAUCGACCACUCUUUCCUGGGAAGCAUUAUUUGGACCAAUUGAAUUUAAUAUUAGCAGUUGUUGGCUCGCCGUCUCAAGAAGAUUUACAAUGUAUUAUUAAUGAAAAGGCUCGCGCUUACCUCCUAUCUCUACAACCGAAGGUCAAACAACAAUGGUCUCGACUAUAUCCCAGUGCUGACCCAAGAGCUUUAGACUUGCUUGAUAAAAUGUUGACAUUCAAUCCAAAUAAGCGAAUUGGUAUUGAGGAGGCUCUUGCACAUCCAUAUAUGGAACAAUACUACGACCCAAAUGACGAGCCGUCAUGUGAAGAGCCAUUCACAUUUGAAAUGGAAUUUGACGAUCUUCCACGCGAGAAGCUUAAAGAAUUGAUAUUUCACGAGACUGAAAAUUUUCAUCAUAACCAACUCGCCGCUAAUUCGUUCAAUGCUUCCGUAUUGCAGACAACGACCGAGACAAAGUAGUAACGAGAUAUAUAUAUAAAUUUAAAUAUUAUAACUGUGUUCUCAUCUUUCUAACAUGUUUACAGAAAUAGGUUUUUUUGAUUUUUCUCGUACCUUGUUUAAUAUUAACCAAAUAAAAUAAAUGUUAAAUUUCGGUGACAUUCUUAAGAAAUUGCUUGACGCUCGACAAAUAUUCGGUAAAUUAUC